CUGUCACAUGACUGGGGGGAAAUGGCUGCGUUGACUGCGGAAAACUUUGGGGCGCUCCAGAGCCUGCUAAAGGCUUCCUCAAAAGACGUUGUCAGACAGCUAUGCCAACAGAGCUUUUCCAGCUCAGCCCUCGGCUCGAAAGAACUCUUGGAUACCACGUGUUCCAGCUUGUCGGUGACCCAGGAGGAGGCAGAGCAACUGCUCCAGGCCCUGCACCGCCUCACCAGGCUGGCGGCGUUCCGGGACCUGUCCUCCGCUGAGGCCGUGCUGGCUCUCUUUCCUGCAAAUUUCCACCAGAACCUCAAAAACCUGCUGACAAAAAUCAUCCUAGAAAACAUAUCUACGUGGAGAGCGGAAGCCCAGGCUAAUCUGAUCUCUCUGCCACGCCUGGUGGACUUGGACUGGAGAGUGGACAUCAAAACCGCCUCCGACAGCAUCAGCCGCAUGGUGGUCCCCACCUGCCUGCUCCAGAUGAAGAUCAAGGAAGAUCCCAGUCUGUGCGGGGACAGCCCCUCCGUCUCCGCUGUCACCAUGGAGCUGAGCAAGGAAACGCUGGACACUAUGUUAGACGGGCUGGGCCGCAUCCGGGACCAGCUUUCUGCCGUGGCCAACAAAUGACCCCGCCAGCCGCCGGCCCCACUGCCCCGCCCCGGCUGCUGCCAGCGAUGGAGCAUCUCCCGACUCGACUGACACCAGCAACUCGACUGACACCAGUGGGCUGUCCUGGUGGCAGCAGCUGCCGCCAACAGCAGGCGGCCGGGGGACGGAGGGGCUGCCAUCGGAAGGCGCAGCUGGAUUGGAGGACGCAGCCAUGCCCCACGCUGUCCUCACUCAUCUUCCUCUUCCCAAGCUCUGGGCAGAAGCCUCCACCUUUGAAAGGCUCCUGCGAGCACCUGAGGCACAGCCGUGGCCGUGUGGGGGGCGCAUGAGCCUGUCAGCGGCCUCGUGGCCGCUUGAAAAUUCAGGCCCCAUUGGGGAGCUCUCUAGUAAGUUCCUUUCCAGCACCAGCUCUGAGGAGCGCAUUGCCAGCCCUGGGACACAGGGAGGGGACCGGGUGGCUGGUGCCAGCGGCUCCCGCUUCUCUGUCCGAGAGGCCAGGCAGACCCCACAGAGCAGGGUCACAGGCCAGAGCCUCCUUUCGGCGCUGGAGGUCUGAAAUGGGGGCCGAUUCUCUUCGUGAAGCUGGGGCCCAUCCUGGGAUCAUGCAGCCCCUCCAGGGUGGCAAAGUGGGAGUGAUAAAUAACAGUUCUGAAAACAAACUUCUGAUUCUGGUCCGCUUCUCGUAGCUUCUGUGCUGAGCCUGAGCUCAUUGCCUUGGGCGAG